AUGGGCAUUGAGCAAUCUACAAUUUAUUCUUCAGUGCACUUUUGUAUCUCAUUCACUCCAUCCCUGUUUAUCAGAAACAAGGUCAAGAUAGUGACAGCUGGUGCCAUUCCCCCGCUUGUUGACCUUCUUAAGUUCCAAAACGGUAGUUUACGGGAAUUAGCUGCCGCAGCUAUAUUAACUCUCUCUGCGGCUGCACCCAACAAGCCAGCCAUUGCAGCUUCAGGAGCUGCACCUCUUCUAGUAGAGAUUCUCCAUUCUGGAAGUGUUCAGGGAAGAGUUGAUGCAGUUACCGCGCUACACUAUCUCUCAACCUGCAGAGAGACUUCCAAUCCAAUCCUAGACGCUACAGCUGUUCCCCCCCUUCUCAAACUCCUUAAAGAAUGCAAGAAAUAUUCUAAGUUUGCCGAGAAAGCUACAGCACUACUUGAAAUCCUUUCAAACUCUGAAGAAGGGCAAACAGCAAUCACAAAUUCAGAUGGUGGGAUUUUAACCCUAGUAGAGACAGUUGAAGACGGAUCCCUUGUCAGCACAGAACAUGCGGUAGGAGCUCUGCUUUCUUUAUGCCAGAGUUGCCGGGAUAAGUAUCGACAACUUAUUCUGAAAGAAGGUGCAAUCCCAGGGCUUCUACGACUGACUGUAGAGGGUACCUAUGAAGCCCAAGAAAGAGCUCGAACACUCUUGGACUUGCUCAGAGAUACUCCUCAGGAAAAGAGACUAAGUUCUUCAGUUUUGGAGAAAAUUGUUUAUGACAUUGCUACUCGGGUUGAUGGAGCAGAUAAAGCUGCAGAAACUGCUAAAAGGUUACUACAAGACAUGGUCCAAAGAAGUAUGGAGCUCAGUAUGACACGCAUCCAGCAAAGGGCUGCAUCUUCUACACCGUCCAAGAUUACAUCCACAUGAUGUAUCCUAUGGCCUCAAGAAGGUUUUAUACAAGAAAAAAAGGGUAGGAGUUUCAAUUUGAUAUAUAGUCUUCUCGAAUCAGUUAAAUCUCUUGUACCCUUUCUGGAUCACCAUUCACCACCCAAGUGAGUGAGAAUGAAUAGAGUUAAAUGUUGAUUUAGAUUUCAUUAGAACGUCUACCAAUUGAGGUGAUAUUGUGACCUCAUCCUGGUGUUGUAUAUCUUAAGCUUAACCUUGUUCAUGUAUAUAUAAAAUCUCGCCAAGGUAUACACAUGUACAUUUCUUAUGAUCACAAAUUUUGUAGGAAAGGCAGCACAGAUUUAAGGUUGUGAUGACAAUAUACUUUCAUCAACAAAAAAAAUCAGCUUCUUGUGAUCCUAGGACAAGAGUAGAAACUGGAAAUUGUCCCUAAAUGAAUCUCUUGUUAAUUUAUUGUCUUGAGGACUGUUCCAACA